UUUUUACGCGUCUAAAACCAACGGAGAGCGAGUUGGAGAGACCAAACACGGUUACACAGAUACUGUGUUGAAAACUUUGAAACCCAAACUGAGAGAGAUAGAGAUGAAGAAGCUGGCCAGAACAUUCAGGAAGUCUGAGAACGAUGACUUCUCUCUUCCUACUCGCGACGACCCGGCUCCUAUGGACACCCAAGAACAAGAGGAACUGGUUCGAUCCUUCGAGAGGAGCCAAGCUCAACAGAGUCGUUUCUGGAGGGCUUUUUUUGCAUCACUUCUCUUCUGCUACGCUUCGUUUCUUAUGCACUCAAUCCAUCAGCAGGUUUCGUCUCCAUGGGAACUGCGUUAUCAUGCUUACUUCAUGGAGGAGGUGGACUCGUGGAUAAUUAUAUCUGCAGAUUGGCUAGCUGUGGUAGCAUGUUCAUUAGCAAUCAUAGGAUUAGUUCGUAAUUCAAAGCAUCACAGGCGAUGGAUGUGGUCCUCAUUCCUUAUCGCCAUCAUAGUUGCAGUUUUCUGGUUGUAUUACAUGUUAAGAUUGCCAAGGUUCCGCUGGGAUGUAAUCUGGCUUCCAUUUGGACCUAUAAGUGGUGCCGGACUCUGUCUAUAUGUGGAUCAUUUGCUACUGGAGUCAUUAGAAGAGAUAAGAAAACUUCGAGGCUAUAUGUACGCUUAUAAAGCCAGCUGAAUCACCUUGGUCGUAAUUUUGCUUACAUUAUAUGUAUAAAAUCACAUCAACAUGGAGUAGGCUUCAAUUUUGGAUCUGGUGCAGGAAUAGAAGCACGUCAAUCUUUGCUAUCACUAGGGGGUGGAUGUAAGUAUACUCAGGAUGUGGUAUGUAACAGAGAGGAAGCUUCUAAUUUUAUGGUUUUUUGCUCAUGAUUACAGUAUUCUGGGAGGAAACUUGUCCUACGAGUUAUGACAACCAAUCUGUCACCAUAUACUCUCAAAUUUAUGAAACAAUUGCUUUGUCUGUGCAA